CUUUCGCAUCUUUUGCUUCAUCCAACCCAAAAAAAUCAAAAAUCAAUCCAAAGUCUUUCUGAGGUGAUGGCCACAGCUUCGGUGGUGCCGGCGAACCGGCGGCGAGCGCCGAACGCGGCGGAGGAUCUGGACUUCGAGACGACGGAGGGCGUAAAGGCGAUCGGUAGCUUCGAAGAGAUGGGGAUAAAGGACGAUCUGUUACGAGGAAUUUACCAAUACGGGUUCGAGAAGCCCUCGGCUAUUCAGCAACGCGCCGUCACGCCAAUCAUCCAGGGACGUGACGUCAUCGCUCAGGCUCAAUCGGGUACCGGAAAAACCUCCAUGAUCGGCCUCACCGUUUGCCAGGUCGUCGACACCUCUGUCAGAGAGGUCCAGUCCUUAAUCUUGUCACCAACGAGGGAACUGGCCUCUCAGACUGAAAAAGUUAUAUUGGCUAUUGGGGAUUUCAUAAAUAUACAAGCACAUGCAUGCGUUGGAGGUAAAAGUGUAGGAGAAGAUAUAAGGAAGCUUGAGUAUGGAGUUCAUGUGGUGUCUGGAACACCUGGCCGAGUAUGUGACAUGAUCAAGAGGAGAACUUUGCGCACCAGAGCUAUAAAGAUGCUAGUUCUAGAUGAAUCCGAUGAAAUGUUGAGCAGAGGGUUUAAAGACCAAAUUUAUGAUGUUUAUAGAUAUCUCCCACCAGACCUUCAGGUUGUCUUGAUUUCUGCUACCCUUCCUCAUGAAAUAUUGGAGAUCACAAAUAAAUUUAUGACCGAUCCAGUAAGGAUCCUUGUAAAACGUGAUGAAUUGACAUUGGAGGGCAUCAAGCAAUUUUUUGUUGCCGUUGAAAGGGAGGAAUGGAAGUUUGAUACUCUUUGUGAUCUUUAUGAUACUCUCACCAUCACUCAAGCUGUCAUAUUCUGUAACACUAAGCGAAAGGUGGACUGGUUAACUGAAAAAAUGCGUAAUAAUAAUUUCACCGUCUCGUCAAUGCAUGGCGACAUGCCUCAGAAAGAAAGAGAUGCAAUUAUGGCAGAAUUCCGUGCUGGAACAACCCGUGUACUGAUAACAACAGAUGUUUGGGCUCGUGGCCUUGAUGUACAGCAGGUUUCCCUAGUUAUCAAUUAUGAUCUUCCAAAUAAUCGAGAGCUUUACAUUCAUCGAAUUGGACGCUCUGGACGUUUUGGACGCAAGGGUGUGGCAAUAAAUUUUGUCAAGAGCGAUGAUAUCAAGAUCUUGAGAGACAUUGAACAAUAUUACAGUACUCAGAUUGAUGAAAUGCCCAUGAAUGUUGCGGAUCUCAUAUAAAAUGUCAUGUGGUAUGCUGCUGUGGAGUGGGUUUGUCAUACCUUGUGAUAGGGAGUAGUUUUUUAAUGUGGUGUUUUGCUCUGGAAUAUUUGUGGAUGUUACUUGUACUGAGAUUCGGUCAAUUAGAAUUUUUUACUAGAAUGGUCGACUGUACCAGUGUUAGUGUUUUUCUUUGCUGACACAGUUGAGAUUAAUGUGUAAAUUGUGUUGAGUUGCAUUCUUUAAUGUAUUACUCUUGAUGUUGAAUCUCUAAUUUUAUGCUUCUAACUUGGUUCUCUGAUUA